AUGCUUUGUCAACAAUCGAAUAUUCGGUACUUUCCUUCCUUAACAAUAGUAAAUUCAAAAGGAGAAAAAACGAAAGUUGAUUUCGAAGAUGGACAAAGACUUUUUGAUGCAGUUGAAGGAACCAAGGCAGAAUAUAUUCGUGGAGAAUGCGGUGGCAAUAUGUCCUGCGGUCUAUGCUUUGUCGAGGUACCCCCUAAUGCUUUCAAACAGCCUGAUGUUAAAGAAAUGGAUUUAUUAGAAGAAACGGAUGGUACUACAAAAUACUCAAGACUUGCUUGUCAGUUAAUUCUUGGACCUCAGUUCGAAGAUGUCGAAAUUCAUGUACGUCAAUAA